CUCCCUCAGGGCGGGAAGCCCCGGAGCCCGGAGCAGAGCUCCGCGGAGGUGGGCGGUGCGGCAGGGUCCCCGGGAAAUUGACCGGCACUCGGAGGACUCGGGGCUGGGACACCAUGAACCCCGACAGGGGCCCGCAGCACAGCCCCGAGGGAGAAGCGGGGCGGACGCUGCAGGCAGAAGAAGCUUCGAAAGACGCUUUCCUCUACUUCUCCAGGGAGGAGUGGGACGAGAUGGGAGACCGGGAGAAAAGUCGGUACCAGAAUGUGAAGAGGAACUUCGAGGUGCUCCCCAGCCUAGGUCUCAGAGCCCCUCGACCAGCUUUCCUGUGUCACCACCGCGAGCGGGCCACCGAGCUGGAGGAGGAGGACCCUGAGGACUCGGAUGAAGAAUGGACUCCAACGAAGCAAGCGAAACCUUCUUGGGUGGCCUUCAGAAGGGAACAGAGAAAACAUCCGAAGGCAGAACCAAAGCCAGAGGUGCACCCAUGUUCCUCCUGUUCUCUGGCCUUCUCCAGUCAGAAAUUCCUCAGCCAACACGUGAAACUCAAUCAUCCCUCUGAGAUUCUCCAGGAAACAUCUUCAACAAAACAGCUCCAAGCAGAGGAACCCUGUCCAGAGGAUCAGAAUCAGCAGCAGCAACAUACUAGUACACACAGCUGGAAUGAUAAAGCUGAAGGUCAAGAGGUCAAAGAAAGGUCCAAACCUUUGCUUAAAAGAAUCAGUCAAAGGAGAAUCUCAAAACCCUUUUUCCAACCAUCCAAAGAACAAAUGAGCUCUAGUGAGCAUGAGAGACUGAUGGAAGAAGAGCCCUGGAGAGGCCAGAAAGAGAAUCCAGAGGACACAGAGGAUUCCUAAAGAGCCAUAAAGAACUCAUACUCUCAGCCACAGAAAUUCGACUCCUACAAAUGUGUAAAUGUGAAAUCAGUCUACUUUCGUUACUCCCGAAAGAGAGGGAUUUGAGACAGACUCGCCUGGGAAGGUAAUUCCCCAGUCUCCUGGAAAGGGCCUUUUCUCCUAAUCAGCUCCCUAUCCCUUCUCCCUUGGCUUCUCUUGGCUCUUCUGGUUUCCUACAAUGUCUGGAGUCUCGGAGAUGAAUGGCAGGGAGAGAUGGAUGCUUGUGCAUGGACAUGAGCUGCUCAGUCUGGGCACUUGGUCUUCCUCACUCUCCUUGCUCCCUUUUAAGGGUCAGUAUUUCCUAGUGCACAGCAUACAGAUUCCAUUCAGUCCAUACUUAGUGUGAGUCUCAGCUCUGUCUCCUCCAGCUGUGUGACCUAAGGCAAGAUUCUCAACUUCUCUCUGCCUGCUUCCUAGUCUGUGCAAUGGAAAUGGGAACUCCAGUCUUUUGGUUUGACAUUCAAAGUUGAGUCAGCACAGACAGAAUCUGGCAAGAGGAUCACUGACAUCGCAAAGCCCUACUGAACAGCCUUCAGUGCCCAUGUCUUCCUGGUCUUUAGUGGUGGACAAAGGAAGAUUAGGACAAGGGUGUUUAACCAAAUUCAGAAUUUGAGCAGACCCCACUGCUUUCCCCACACAGACUGAAUUGCCCUGAGAAGGAAGCCUGAGGUUGGGGAGGUGCCUCCCCCUGAUCACCAUCCUCUCACUGAGCCUGGGCAUCCUCAGAGCCUCCUCAACACAGGCAGGUGGUGCUGAGAGUGAGCUGUGAAACAAGACCCUCACCCACCCCUUGCUGAGAACUGACACUGGGAACAGCACCUGCCUGCACUGGGGUGUUAGGGUAGAUGGUGAGCCAAGGCAGGGAGGACGAGGAAGAGGAAGAUGGGUGUCACCCAAUGACUCUAGUCCUGUGCCUGGUCCAAUUCCAUUGUCAGAUGUUCCAGCGUCACAAGAAACACCAUGCUCACAUGUUGAAAUUCUAGGUAUUGUUUCCACUAUCUGGGAAAGAAAGGCUUUCAAAGUGUAUUCGUCCCAAGGGCUAGAAGAUGGAAGGGUGUCUACAGCACUCACGGAAAGGACCCAUAAAACAAAUCUGGUUAAUUCCUUA